AUGUCGACGGCCCCCGAGACGCUCGGCCCCUACCAGAUCGGCGAAGCGCUCGGCAAAGGCGGCAUGGGCGCGGUGUACCGCGGCGUCCACCGCGAGACCGGCGACCUGGUGGCGGUAAAGGUUCUCAGCCCGCGGCUGGCGGUCUCCGAAGGGUUUCGUGAUCGCUUCGAGGGAGAGAUCGAGUCGCUCAAGUCGUUGCGCCACGCGGGGAUCGUCCGGCUGUUCGGUUACGGCGAGCAGGAUUCGGUCCCGUUCUUUGCGAUGGAGCUCGUCGACGGCCCCAGCCUGGAGGAGGAACUCCGCAGCGGCAGGCGUUUCACGUGGCGCGAGACGACGCAGAUCGCGAUCCAGGUCUGCCGCGCGCUGAAACACGCCCACGACCACGGCGUGAUCCACCGCGACCUCAAGCCGGCCAACAUCCUGUUGGCCUCCAAUGGGCAAGCGAAGCUCGCCGACUUCGGCAUCGCGCGGGUCUACGGGUCGACCGGCGUGACGAUCGCCGGCGGCAUCCUCGGCACGGCCGACUACAUGUCGCCGGAGCAGGCGGCCGGCAAGCCGGUCAACGCGCGUUGCGACCAGUACAGCCUCGGCGGCGUGAUGUACGCGUUGCUCGCGGGGCGGCCGCCAUUCCGGGCGACCGACAUGCCGGCCAUGCUGCAGUUGCACCGCUACGCCAUCCCGGAGCCGGUGCGCCGCUUCGCACCCGACACGCCGAAAGAACUCGAGCGGAUCGUCUCGCAGUUGCUCGAGAAGGAACCGGCGGACCGAUUCCCGAACACGCUGAUCGUCGCGCGCCGGCUCGAAGCGAUGAGUCGCGCGUUGUCGCGCCCCGCGGCAGACGACUUCGAACUGCACGCCACGGGUGUCGUGUCGGACUCGACGGCGCCCGUCGAGAAGGCGGUCGACGAACUGGCGAUGGCGGCCACGAUGCCGGCGGCCGACCUGGGCGAGUCGCUCGACCUCCAGUCGGCGCCGACCGAGCCGCCGCCGGCCGACGCCGCCGCAGCGGUCUCGACGAUCGGAUCAACGUACACGGCCGUUGAUCCGACGCCGGCGUCGCGGGGGACUUCCAACUUGGCGAUCGUCCGCCAAGCCGCCGGCAUCCUCCUGGUGCUGGCCGCGAUGGCGGGCGUCGCCUGGUGGGCGCUCCGGCCGCUGACCGCGGAUCAACUGUAUGACCGCAUCGCGGCCGGCAUGGAGCGAGGCGAGCUGAGCCGCGGGCUGCUCGACGACACGGCGUCGUUCGCCCGGCGCUUCGGCGGCGACGAUCGCGCCGAGGAAGUGGCGGGAUGGCGACGCGACCUGCGGCUGAUGCAGCAGCAGAACCGGCUCUCUCGGCUGAAGACGACCACGAAACGUGGCGCCGCUGGGUCCGCUGCCGAGGCGCUGCAGCGCCGCGCCGCGUUGCUCGCCGAACGAGAGCCUGCGGCGGCCAUCGAGGCCUACGAGAGUCUCGCCGAGCUGCUCUCGACUCCGACCGAGGGGGAAGAGCCGUCGGCCGAGAACACGGAGCUGGCGGACGUCGCGAUCCGAGAGGCGCAGCGUCUGCGGGCAGAGAUGGAGGCGGAGGCCGCACGCGUCGCGGAGUUCGCCGCCGAACGGUUGGUGGUCGCCCAAACGCUUGUCGAGAGCGAUCCGAGUCGCGCCCACGCCAUCGCGACGGCCGUGAUUAGGUUGCUACCAGCAAGCGAAGCGACGCUGGAAGUCCUCGCCGAGGCCUCGGCGAUCGCCACGCAGGCAACGGGUCUCUCAGCCCGCGCCCUUCGACCGUGCGACCCGAUGCCCGCAACCGACGCUCGCUACGCCAAGAGCCGCCAAGCCUUCGCCCACGCCAAGACCCUGAUGCCGGGCGGCGUGAACAGCCCGGCGCGGGCGUUCGGAGCGGUGGGUGGCGAACCGCUCUUCAUCGAACGCGCCGAAGGACAGCACCUCUGGGACGCCGACGGCAACCGCUACCUCGACUACAUCGGCUCGUGGGGGCCGAUGAUCUUCGGCCACGCCUACCCGCCGGUCGUCGAAGCGCUCGAGGCGGCGGUCCCCCGCGGGACGAGCUACGGCGCCCCGACCGCCGGCGAAAGCGAGCUGGCCGAGUUGAUUAUCGACGCCGUGCCGGGCAUCGAGCGCGUCCGGCUGGUGAACUCUGGCACGGAAGCCGCGAUGAGCGCGAUCCGGCUGGCGCGCGGCUUCACCGGCCGAGACCGGAUCGUGAAGUUCGCAGGCAACUACCACGGGCACGUCGACAGCCUGCUGGUCGCCGCGGGCAGUGCGGCCGCGACGCUUGCCGUACCGAACUCUCCCGGCGUGACGGCGGGCACCGCCGGCGACACGAUCGUGUUGCCGUACAACGACCCGCAAGCCCUCGAGGACGCUUUUUCGAAGCACGGCGACGAGAUCGCGGCGGUCGCGUUCGAGCCGGUCUGCGGCAACAUGGGCGUCGUGACCCCGACCGACGAGUUCCUCAAGACGCUGCACGACACGCCACGCCAACACGGCGCCGUGUUGCUCUGCGACGAGGUCAUGACCGGCUUUCGGUUGGCGCUCGGCGGCGCGCAGGAGCGUUUGGGCAUCGAGCCCGACCUGACAACGCUCGGCAAAAUCGUCGGCGGCGGCCUGCCCGUCGGCGCCUACGGCGGUCGAUCGGACGUCAUGGGCAAGGUCCUUCCCGAAGGGCCUGUGUUCCAAGCCGGCACGCUGAGCGGCAACCCGCUCGCGACGGCGGCCGGGUCGGCGACGCUGCGCGCGUUGCGUGAGACGCCGCCCUACGAGCGGCUUGAAGCCUUGGGCGAACGCCUCGCCGCCGGCCUCGGCGAGGCCGCUGCCGCCGCGAGCGUUCCGCACGUCGUGCAGCGGAUCGGCAGCAUGGUGACGCUCUUCUUCCACGACGGGCCGGUCCGCUCCUGGGACGACGCGGCCGCGUGCGACACCGCGUUGUUCGGCCGGUUCUUCUGGGCGAUGCUCGACCGCGGUGUCUACCUGCCGUGCAGCCAGUACGAGGCGAUGUUCAUCUCGGCGGCGCACACCGACGAGGUCAGCACGAAUAGCCCCGACCAAGCUUGGUCGGGGCUAUUGGGCGUUCUUCGCGAGUUUCUCCUCGGCCGCGCUUGGCCGGUGGUAGCGCGGCGCGAGCUCAAAGACGUCGUCCGACUCACCAGCCAGCCAUCGCCGCCACGCAACGGUCAGCACCGCGUCGGCAAGGGGCUCGACCUCAUCACUCGUCACUCCGGCCCGCUCCCCCACAACGAGACUCGCGAUCGGGCCAACAACAGAAAAGCACUCGCGUCGCUGGGCGUCGACGACGGUCCACAAUCGCUCCGCCGUAGGCGCCGCGGCUUCGGCCAGAGCGUCGAGCGUGUCGACGCCCAACACGGCGGAGCCGGUCGCGUAGGCAAGCGCCUUGGCGGUCACCACGCCGACCCGGAGCCCGGUGAACGAGCCGGGGCCGACCGCGACGGCGACGUUGGCAAGCGAAGCGGGCUCCCAUCCGAGUCGCUUCAGCAACGCGUCAACGGCCGGCGCCAGCGAUUGGGCGGAUCGAUCCGCCUGGCUGAGCGGCUCGAACGCCACGACGCGGCAGGCGUCGCGGGUCACCUCGGCAGCGGCGAUCGACCCGUGGUAGCCGGAGGUUUCCAGGGCGAGCCAACGCCUUGCCUCGGCGAGCUUGGCCGCCGGGGUUUGAGAGGCGGUAUCAGGCAUUGGCUUGGUUCGGAGACGGCGGGGGAAACAGGGGCUCCGCUUGACCGAAGUGCAUGGGCGUCCGUCUUGAAACGAGCGAUCAUCAGCGACGUCCACGGCAACCUCGAGGCGCUUCAGACGGUCCUGAAGCACAUCAAGGAGCAGUACGUCGACGAAGUCUUCUGCCUCGGCGACGUGAUCGGCUACGGCCCGAAGCCGUGCGAGUGCCUCGACGAGGUGAUGGACGCCUGCAAGGUCGCCCUGCUGGGCAACCACGACCAAGGCGCGCUGUUCGACCCGGAGGGUUUCAACAGCGGGGCGGAGCGGGCCAUCUUCUGGACCCGCGACCAACUCGAGUCGACCCGCGGCGACCGCGACCAGAUCGACCGCCGCUGGGACUUCCUCGGCGGCCUGCCGCGGAUCCACCGCGACGAGCAGUGGCUGUACGUCCACGGCUCGGCACGCAACCCGGUGAACGAGUACGUGUUCCCGGAGGACAUCUACAACCAGAAGAAGAUGGAGAAGCUCUUCAGCCUCGUGCAGAAGGGCUGCUUCCAAGGCCACACCCACGUGCCGGGCGUCUUCACCGAGAGCCGCAACUUCGUCACGCCCGAAGAGACCAACUACGUCUACGAGAUCAACGACCAGAAAUUCAUGGUGAACGUCGGCUCGGUCGGCCAGCCGCGAGACGGCGACCCGCGCGCCUGCUACGUGAUCCAGGAGCCGGAACGGCUGACGUUCCACCGUGUCGAGUACGACAUCGACGUGACGGCCGACCUGAUCUACGCGACGCCCGACCUCGACAACUUCCUCGGCGAUCGGAUCAAGCGAAUGGACAUCCAACAACGCCGCCCCGGACGCGGCGGCGAUCAGCCCUUCGAUCAGCGUUUCCUGCUGUUCGCCAUGCUGGCGAUGGCGGUCUUGAUGAUGUUCAACGGGCUCUUCGCCCCGCCGCCCGUUGAGCCGAACAACCAACUGGCCGCCGAAGACCCAGCGGCCGCCGAAGCCGCGACCGAAGACGAAGUCGCCGAGCUCGGCGCCACGGCGGAGCCGAUCGCCACCGCCGAGCCGAUCGAAGAAGACCCCGUCGCCGAGCCGCAGCGGGUGGCCAUCGGUUCGGUCGCCCCGGACGGCGCUUUCCGCAUGCUGCUGACGGCGAACAACGUCGGCGGCGCCGUCGAGCGGAUCGAGCUUUCCAGCGAGAAAUACCGCGACCUCGACGAACGCACCGGCUACGCCGGCGCGUUGGCUCUCUCCAACGCGGCAGAAGGCGGCGCGCUCGUGAACGUGGUUGGCGCCGGAACGCCGGCCGCUGCUGCGGGGCUCCGAGCGGGCGACGUCAUCCGCAAGGCGACGCUGCCGGACGCCGAGCCGCAGGCGAUCAGCGACGCCAACGAUCUGACCGCGGUGCUGGCGACCUCGAAGCCACGACAAUCGCUUGCUCUCGACGUCACGCGCAACGAGAUUCCCACAACCGUCACCAUCGAGCUGCGCCGCCCGCCGCUCAACCUGCUGCGGCCUGAAAUCGAGAACGUCCGUCUCUACACGCCCGAUCCGCCGCGUGACUUCGACUCGGUCCCAUCGUUCGUCGUGACGCUGACGACGGUCGGCGCCCGGCGGGGCGACGACCCACUCGUUGUCGAAGCGAACCGGCGCCUCGCCGAAGAGGCGUGGACCGUCGCCGACCAAGCGGCCGACUCGGUCACGUUCCGCAAGCGGCUGCCCGAGCUGGGUGUCGAGGUGUCCAAGCAGUUCCGCGUCGUCGAGACGCCAUCCGACGAACAGGCCAACGGGGCCUACCCGUCGUACCACUUCGAGCUCUCCGUCGAAGUGACCAACCUCGCCGCGACGGCCCAGGCGGUCGCCUACGAACUGACGGGGCCCAACGGCUUGCCUAUUGAGGGCUUCUGGUACAGCAACAAGAUCGGCCGCGGCGACGGCAGCUACUUCGGCGACUGGGGCGCCUUCGGCCUGCGUGACGUGGUGGUCCGGUACGCCGGCGACCGCUUCGUGCAGUUCAGCGCCUCGCAAGUUGCCGACGGCGACGUCCGCCCGAUGGGCCAGGGCCGGCCGCUGGCCUUCGUCGGCGUCGACUCGCAGUACUUCGCGUCGAUCAUCAUCCCGCAGAAGCCGUCGCUCGACGACGUCCGGCUGGCGGAGGUCCGCGCCGAGCUCGCGACCGCCGAGCUGCCCGAUCGCGACCCCAACCGGUGGGAGAACGCGUCGUGCGUCCUGCUGCGGGAGACGGCGACCCUCGCCGCGGGCGAGAAGCUGACGGACGACUACCGCGUCUUCGCCGGGCCGAAGCUGCCGCAACUGCUCGACGCCUACCGCGUCAACAACGACCCGACGCACACGCUGCACAGCGUGCUGUACUACGGGUGGUUCGGUUGGGCCGCCAAGCCGAUGCUCUGGCUGCUGCACACCUUCUACGGCUUGGUGGGCAACUACGGCGUCGCGAUCAUCAUGCUGACGAUCUGCGUUCGCGGGGCCAUGUUCCCCAUCGGCCGGCAGCAGGCGCUCAACAUGCGGAAGAUGCAGGAGCUCAAGCCGGAGCUCGACCGCAUCACCGAGAAGUACAAGGACGACAUGCAGAAGCGCUCGCAGGCGCAGCAAGAGCUGUUCCGCAAGCACAACUACAACCCGGCGGCCGGUUGUCUGCCGCUGUUCUUGCAGUUGCCCAUCUUCAUGGGCUUGUACCGGGCGCUGGCGGUCGACGUCGAGCUGCGGCAAGCGCCGCUCUUCAGCGACGCGAUCCGCUUCUGCAGCAACCUGGCGGCGCCCGACAUGCUGUACGACUGGUCGGGAUUCAUGCCGCAGUGGGUGAACACCGGCCAGGGGAUGCUGGGGCUGGGCCCCUACUUCAACAUCUUGCCGCUGGCGACGUGUGGACUGUUCUUGCUGCAGCAGAAGAUAUUCAUGCCGCCGCCGACCAACGAGCAAGCGGCCCUACAGCAGAAGAUGAUGCAGUGGAUGAUGCUGUUCAUGGGCCUCUUGUUCUUCAAGGUGCCCAGCGGCUUGUGCAUCUACUUCAUCGCGUCGAGCCUCUGGGGCAUCGCCGAACGCCAGAUGCUCCCGAAGCCGACGCCCGUCGAGCCAACCGCCGGGGCCGUGACCGCCCCGCCCGCUUCGCGGGCCAAGCCGGCCUCGAACGGUUCGGGCGGGAAGAAGCCCACCGGCGCGAAGGCUUCUUCGAAAGCCAAGUCGAAGGGCAAGGGCAAAGGGAAGGGCAAGCGGAAGCGUUAA